AUGGCCACUGAAAGCACCCCCCGGCCUCGCGCCGCUACCACCACUAUACAUUCUAUGGGCCCUCCUUCACCUAUAACCAGACACUCUCGAGGCUGGAGUCAGGCUCACAGAAGUCCUGUCUUGAUCCAGGGAAGUCCGCCUUUGGGGAUGAGUGAGCAUGAUAUCACCAGUACGGCGCAGGGGCCGCUGCGUCAUCCCAAGCCCAUCACCCCGUCAGAUCUACAUUUGGUGCUAGAGAAGGAGCAGGAAGCCAUGGUGAACCGAUUGACUCGGGAGCUCUCUCUCCUUCGACAACAGACGGCCUCCGUGGCAUCAACUGCCUCCUCCACGUCGACCAUGAACGAUCCUAUCGAUGGGUUCCAUACCUCCCCGUCGUUGGGCAGCUCCACACACACCCACUCAUCACGGCGUCAGCGGUCAUCCUCCAGCCUGAGCUCCCACACUGCUGCCCAAGCCGCCAGCGUGACGGGAAUUGCACCCUCUCGUGAAACGAGUAUACCUUCUCGUUCGAACGAUACCUCCCAUCCUCGCACGGUUCGAAGCCGUGAACCGUCUCUCACCUCACGCCGCCCGUCGAUCGGGUCUAUUCCCUCUCACCCGCAAUAUUCCCAUGGCGAUCAGUUUUCCCAUUAUGGAAGUCCAUCCAUCUAUCCCCACCGCAGUUCGGUGUCACAGACUCACCUGGGAUUGUCAAGCAAUUCCCUUUCGCGGUACGAGGAAGCGGUCCUGCACAAGUCGGAGUUGGAACAUAUAAAGCGGGAGAAUGAGCAGCUGCGGAAAAGAGUUCGAGAGUUGGAAAAUGUGCUGAAACAGCAGAAGGAUGGGGAGCCGAUGACGCCGACGGAGACUCCGCCAACCUUAAGGGAUUCUUGA